AUGCCUAAACGCUCCUCAUCUCACAUAGUGGACUUGACUGGUGACGAGAAUCUGGCGCCUAAUAAGAAACGCGUCAAUAGUUCCCAGUCUGGACCGAGAAGCUCUCAGGGCUCGCAGCCGCGAGCAAGUCAGUCUUUUGGAAAUAGUCAUCCGUCGAGUACCCAGGUUGAAAGAGAUGCAUGGCAGGAGAAUGAUGAGGAGUAUGAUGUUGUUGAUUUGAGUCAAGAUGUUGAUGAGGGUUUUGGGUGGGUUUGUCUGGGUGCUAUAAAUGAUAAGGUCGUGGGUAUUCGCUAUUACACUGGUGUAGCAAGUGCGGGUGAGCAGGUCAUGGUUCGACGAGAACCAAAUAAUCAGUAUGACAGAAAUGCCAUCCGCAUUAACAAUGUUCAAGGAGAUCAGAUCGGCCAUAUUCCCAAGACUCUUGCGAGCAAAUUAGCUCCGUAUCUUGAUUCCAGAAAAAUUGUCUUGGAAGCAAUUCUUUCUGGCGAGAAAGGCUUUUAUGAUUGUCCUAUCUACAUAAAAGUUUACGGACCGGGAGAGCCGGAAACGCGUGCGGCAUUGGAGAGGGAAUUGGGUGCAGAUCGUGUUCCAAUCAAGAAGCAAGGUAUUGCUACUCCAAAGGUAACGAAGAAGCAGCAAGAAGCCCCGGUACCACCACCACAGAAAAGAACCGGUUAUACGGGAUCCUCGCAACCUUCAAGUAGUCAGCCAGAACUUCCUGUCGUCGGGCCACCAGGGCCUAAACCUGAACUGGGUCUUCAACAUUUCGUUGCAAACAGCGAGCAAUUCAAUCCGCGAGAUGUUGAGAAGCUUGUGGAGGAGUGGGGAUUGGGCGAGAAAGCGCUUGAGGAUAUGCCAAAGGCUGCUCAGCCUUCGAAAUUGAAAGCCACUUUACUCCCAUACCAACUGCAAGGUCUCCAUUGGAUGUUGGAUAAGGAGAAUCCAAGCGCACCCUCUCCCGACAAAAAGGAUAUCGUUCAAUUAUGGAAGCGUCACGAUACUCGACGGGACCUCUUCACCAAUGUUGCAACCAAUUUCAGCAUUGCCAAUAUACCUCGCUUGGCUCGUGGUGGAAUCUUGGCCGAUGACAUGGGACUUGGAAAGACGUUGCAAGUCAUCAGUCUGAUCCUUGAGGGUGAACCUGGCACGACUCUUAUCAUCGCACCUGUUAGUGUCAUGUCCAACUGGGCACAACAAAUGGAGAGACAUAUCCAAGAAGAGCAUGCCCUGAAGGUCCUUACAUAUCACGGGACUGGUAUCAAAAAUAUGUCGCCAAAUGAUUUUGCAGCCUACGACGUGGUCAUCACCACGUAUGGAAAACUGACUUCUGAGCUUUUCCCUCGCGGUGUGAAAGAGGCAAAGGCUGUCCCAUCGAAGACUGGCAUUUAUUCGAUGGAAUGGGCACGUGUGGUUCUUGAUGAAGGACACAUCAUUCGGAAUGCAACUACAAAAGCUGCUGUUGCAGCUACAAGCCUUUUGUCGAAGACUAGAUGGGUCUUGACUGGAACACCAAUUGUUAACACCAUCAAGGAUUUAUAUUCUAUGCUUAAAUUCCUGGGUAUAAGUGGUGGUCUUGAGCGGAUGGAGAUCUUCAAUGCUAUUCUCACCAGACCUUUGGCUGUUGGCGAUGAAAAUGCGGAAAAGAUAUUGCAGUCAAUUAUGAAGACUAUGUGUCUUCGAAGGAAGAAGGACAUGAAGUUCAUCGACUUGAGGCUACCAGAGAAAUCUGAGUAUAUUCAUCGUAUCGCGUUCCGUAAUGAUGAGAAGGAGAAAUACGACAUACUUGAGGCUGAAGCAAAGGGUCUAGCAAGAACUUACAAAGAAGGAAAACAAAUCAAAGGCGCUAAUGCUUACCGUCAUUUCCUCGAGAUUCUCCUUCGUCUCCGCCAGCUGUGUUGCCACUGGAAACUUUGCGGUGAUCGGGUCAGUGAAAUGCUAGCCCUUCUCGACAAUGAUGAUGCUGUUGCACUUACGGAAGAGAACAAAACCGCUCUACAGCUACUUCUUCAACUCAGCAUCGACAACCACGACGAAUGCUCGAUUUGCCUCGAGGAACUUCACAACCCAGUCAUCACCGCCUGCAAACACGCUUUUGGCCAAGAAUGUAUCGAGCGUACCAUCGAACUCCAACACAAAUGUCCAAUGUGCCGCACUGAACUCCCCGACAAAGAAUGUCUCGUCCACGCAAAAGUCGACGAACCACCAACCAUCGAAGACGCAGAUAUCGACACCGACACCAAAAGCAGCAAAACUGAAGCCCUAAUGUCAGUCCUCAAAGCCAGCCGCAAAGACCCCAACUCCAAAGUCGUAAUCUUCUCCCAAUGGACCUCCUUCCUCAACAUAAUCCAAAAACAACUCGACGAAGCAUCCAUGACCUACACCCGCAUCGAUGGCUCCAUGUCCGCCACGCAGCGCGACUCCGCCAUGACAGCCCUCGAAAAAGACCCAAAAUGCCGCAUCAUGCUCGCCUCUCUGGCUGUUUGUAGCGUUGGUCUCAAUCUCGUCGCCGCGGACACGGUUAUCCUAGCGGACUCCUGGUGGGCGCCUGCGAUCGAAGAUCAAGCUGUGGAUCGCGUGCAUAGAUUGGGUCAGACGAGACCGUGUACGGUUUGGAGGCUGGUUGUUGAGGGGAGCGUCGAAGAGAGAGUUCUGGAUAUUCAGGCUGAGAAGAGGAAAUUAGUUGGGAAGGCUUUUAGGGAGACGGCUAAGGGUGGGAAGGAGAAGACUACGAGGAUGGGUGAUAUUUUGAAGUUGUUGGAUAUUUAG